GACCUAUUGGGCAAGUAAAGAAAGUCCUGGUGGAGGACCCAAAGAAGAGGAUGGUUCUGGUUGAAAACUUACGAGAAUCGCAGCCCUAUCGCUACACAGUGAGGGCCAAGAACGGAGCUGGUUGGGGUCCAGAGAGAGAAGCUACUAUUAAUUUGGCCACCCAACCUAAGCGCCCCAUGUCCAUUCCCAUUAUCCCUGAUGUGCCAAUAAUUGAUGCAGAAGGGGGAGAGGACUAUGACAGCUACCUGAUGUACAGCACAGAUGUACUGCGCUCACCGGCUGGCAGCAAACAUCCCAGCGUCUCUGAUGAUUCUGGCUGUCGAUGGAAACAUGUCCAGCUGCUGGGGGAGGAGCUGGACCUUCGUCACGUCGCCUGGAGGCUCCCAGCAGAAUUGAUUCCUCGUCACUCGGACAGCAGCUGCUUUUCCUCGGAUACAGAGGGUCUCCUUCAUGAGGGGAGCACCCGCUCUGAGCUAGUGGACAGUGACGCAACCAGCGGCAGUCUGCCAAGAAGUGGGACUCCCCGGCCCCAACCAGACCACAUGAUGAAUGGCCGGAUGGAUUUCACUUUCACUGGUGGAAGUUUGACUCGGACUGCAGCUUCUGCCUACACUCAUCUAAGUCCACACAUCCACCAUGAGAGAAAGAUAAUGGGAACAUCUUCUCUGACCAGGGAGUACAACACAGUGUUUUCUGGGCAAG